AUGUCUUUUCUUGGGGGUGCCGAGUGUUCAACUGCGGGCAACCCGCUUACCCAAUUCAAAAACCAUGUUCAGAGCGACAAUACCCUCCAACGGGACCGCCUCGUCGGUCGGGCGCAGCCUGGCCUCGAGGAGAGCAUGCGGUCACGUAUGACGCCCAAUGGCUCUGACCAGAUGAUGAACGACUUCAUGCAACAAUCGGGAAUGCCCCAACCCUUCGCAAUGGAGCAACUACGACACGACCUCCCCAACCUUCAAGGGAUAACGAGGCGAUCACCUUCCCCCGGCUGGGCUGCAGAGUUUGACCCGGGUGAACAAGCAAGAAUGGAGGCAGCUUUUGUGAAUCCCAGGCUCAAUGGUCAGAGUCAACCAAGGUUUUCGCCACAGGAAUUUGCUCGCUUCCAACAAGCCCAGGCACAGCGAACCGCAAGCCCCAUCAUGCAGUCCCCAUCCAUGAUGAGCAGCUAUCAAAGCCCGAUGGGUAUGGGAUAUAUGGGUGGCAUGAAUCUCGGGAUGAAUUUUGGGUCACUACAUAUGCAACAACAACCCGAGCAAACGACCGACAAGGGAAAGGGGCGCAUGGUGGAGCUUGAUGAUGCCAACUGGGAAGCUCAGUUCAAAGAACUCGAGUCCCAGCACGACAAUAUCUCAGAACAGGCCAACGAAGCAAUACAGAGAGAACUCGAGGAAAUGGACAGGUCAGUAACAUCUCCCGUGGACGGAUUUGAAGAUUUUGAGCGAGUAUGGCAUGGAAUCCAAGCUGAAUAUACAUCCAGAGAAAUGGCCGAGGAAGCUUACAAAGAAGAACCAUUUACUGCAGAAGAUUUGGCUGCCUGGGAAAACUUCGACUCCACUAUGGGACUCAACACUCAUCAUCCUUUCGAACGAGAGCCGAUGCUCGGAGAUUAUAUGUUCGAAUCACAGAAUCCCUACCUGGAAAACAGCACGAACUCAAGGUCAGCGUUCGAACAAGGAAAAGAGAUCCUAGAGUCACAUGGCAAUCUAUCUCUUGCUGCACUGGCCUUUGAGGCUGCCGUGCAACAGGAUCCCAACCACGUGGAAGCAUGGGUUCUACUUGGCGCUGCUCAGGCCCAAAAUGAGAAGGAGUCGCCAGCGAUUCGUGCUUUGGAAAAGGCACUCGAGCUUGACCCUAACAACCUCGACGCCUUGAUGGCCCUGGCUGUUUCCUAUACCAACGAAGGAUAUGACAGCACAGCCUACCGGACACUGGAGCGCUGGCUAAGUGUCAAAUAUCCUCAGAUCCACCCUCCUGAGAAUUUAUCGACUCCUACCGAACACGGCUUCACCGAUAGAGCAAUCUUACACGAAAGAGUGGUGGAUCUUUUUAUCAAGGCUGCCCAACUCUCACCUUCUGGAGAACAUAUGGACCCGGACGUGCAGGUUGGACUCGGCGUUCUUUUUUACGGCAACGAGGAUUUUGAAAAGGCUGUGGACUGCUUCAAGGCCGCUCUUGCGUCCACAGAGAGCGGAAUGGUCAACCGUGAACGCGAAGUGCAUCUCCUGUGGAACCGGCUGGGCGCGACGUUGGCCAAUUCCGGUCGAUCUGAAGAUGCCAUCACUGCAUACUGCAAGGCGUUGGAGGUCAACCCCAACUUUGUUCGCGCACGAUAUAAUCUGGGUGUUUCAUGCAUUAACAUUGGUUGUUACCCUGAAGCAGCCGGACAUUUGUUGGGGGCUUUGAAUCUGCACCGAGCUGUGAGUGAGCAGGGUCUAGACAAAGCCAGGGAAAUAGUUGGAGAUGGCAGUGGCGGCAUUUCGGAUGCCGAGUUGGAGAGAAUGAUACAUCAAAACGAGAGCACAAAUCUCUACGACACUCUGAGAAGAGCAUUUACGGGCAUGGGAAGACGGGAUUUGACCGAGAGGGUUGGCGUUGGCAUGAAUCUGGACCAAUUCAGAGGCGAGUUUGACUUCUGA